UUUCCGUCUGUAGUGCGCUCACCGACCCGGUGAAUACUCGUGCUGGGGCGGGGUCUCUUCGGGGCGGGGGAGGGCGAGAUGAGGGAGAGCCAUUUGCAGUCCCGGUCCAAGUCAGCCCGGGUCCAGCCCCCGGGUCCUUUAUCCCUUACCCAGGUUGGGCGGGCCGGGGAGGGGGCUCGCUAGAAGCUGAACACUUGGUCCUGUCCUUGUCGUCCGCAGCGGCAUGAGCAGUGCCCCCGCGCCGGGCCCGGCGCCCGCCUGCCUCACGCUCUGGGACGAGGAAGACUUCCAGGGCCGCCGCUGCCAGCUGCUGAGUGACUGCGCGAACAUCGGCGAGCUCGGAGGCCUGCGCAGGGUGCGCUCGGUCAAGGUCGAAAACGGCGCUUGGGUGGCCUUCGAGUACCCUGACUUCCAGGGACAGCAGUUCAUUCUGGAGAUGGGUGACUAUCCUCGCUGGAGCGCCUGGAGCGGCAGCGGUGGCCACCACAGCGACCAGCUGCUGUCCUUCCGGCCAGUGCUCUGCGCGAACCACAGUGACAGCCAUGUGACACUGUUUGAGGGGGACAACUUCCAGGGUUCCAAGUUUGAACUCACUGAUGACUACCCAUCCCUGCCCUCCAUGGGCUGGGCCAGCAAGGAUGUGGGUUCCAUCAAAGUCAGCUCUGGAGCGUGGGUGGCCUACCAGUACCCAGGCUACCGGGGCUACCAGUAUGUGUUGGAGCGGGACCGGCGCAGCGGGGAGUUCCGUACCUACAGUGAAUUCGGCACGCAGGCCCACACUGGGCAGUUGCAGUCCAUUCGGAGAGUCCAGCACUAAGUUCCACGGCCACAGCACCUCCCCCAAGGAUGCUCAAUAAAGGCUCCUGAACCUGCCUGCC